UGCAGCUCUGCGGACAAAGUGAGGCUACAUUUUAUUAACCGGGAUGGAGAGAAAUACUCGGUCAGCGCCAAAGAAGGGGAGAGUCUGCUGGAGGUUGUGAUAAAUCAAAAUAUUAACAUCGAUGGCUUUGGGGCAUGUGAAGGCACCCUGGCCUGCUCCACUUGCCAUCUGAUCUUUGAGAAAGCAGCGUUUCAGCAACUGGGUGAGAUCAGUGAUGACGAGCUGGACAUGCUGGACUUGGCCUAUGGACUGACUGACACAUCUCGCCUGGGUUGCCAAGUGUGUGUGAAGAAAUGGAUGGACGGCCUGACAGUCCAGGUGCCCACGGAGGUCUCAGACAUCCGGAAAGAACUGGAAGUGGAGAAGCAAAAGAAACAGUAG